CUUCAAUCAUCCAUUUUGUCUCUAGCCUAGUUACUAGCUGCCUAUUCAUAGUGAUACUUUCUGCGCAGUCCGGUGACAUUUAUUUUACGAAAAUUUGUCUGUUUGUCGCCGAAUGGACUGGGAUCGCAACAGAAGAUUUGAUGAUCACCGUGGCGGAGAGAGCUAUCGCCCGGCAGGUCCUCGUGGCUAUAUUAGACGCAGUAGAUCGCCACGGAAUCGUUCCCCUCGUCUAGUUGCUGAUACAUGGGUGCCAUCCUCAAGUCGGCCAUAUGGUCGCGGACGCAGUCGUUCACCUCCCGCUUUUAGGGGUCGCUCAUCCCGAAGCCCGUCUUUCUACAACAGAGAUAACGGUCCUAGCUCAUACUUGAAGACAUGCUCUCCCCCAAGAAGAUUCUCACCCAGACGCGAAGGACGACCCAGGUCUCCAGCUCCUACUUCUUGGCGUAUAAGGUCACCGUAUGCUGAUAGUCGACCUCGUGACUUCUCCCGGAAUCGGAACAUGUCAAAGCGGCUUCGAGAUCCAUCACCUAACCUAGAUUUUAGACCAGCCAGAAGAGAGCGCCCUGCGCUGACUGCAUCUGACCAGUACACUAGACCAGCUUCACCUUCCAGGCGUAGCUUGUUGCGAGAUAAUUUCGCUCGUGGACCGAUGGUCCCUCGUUCUCGGAGUCCUAUCCAAGAGGGUCGUAGGGACCGCCAUACAGAGAACUAUAUAGCCCACAGACGACGAUCACCGUCCCCCCGUGGGGCUCCUUCUGCAUACACCUCUGCCCCUGGAUCGAUUUCUAAUUCGAGACGGUCAUCACCAUUCCUAGACAGGGUCAGUGGUUUCCAGUUUGACAACAGGGUUAGGUCACCGACAUCUCAGCCAGUUUCCUGUCGUCGCUUAUCGAAGAACUCAGAACAUUCGCCAUCCCAUCACGAGCAUGCAACAUUGAGCAAAACCAAGCCGACUCAAGACGAGACAGGACGUGAUUUUCCGCUUCUGGAUGGAGCCGGUUGCUCUUCAGAGAAAGGACCGGACUCUGAUAUUUCGGGUCGGGCUCCUUCCCUCGAGAUCCAAGGGAAAGGCUCUAGUGAAUUGAAUCAAGCACAUUCUGGCAGUAUUCCAAGCUACCCAAGGGCAUAUAGCACAGCACAGGACCACUCACCGCCAUCUGGUCCUUCCCAUGGGCCCAAGUCCUUGUCUUCGCAAACCCAUAGCUCAAAUAUAUCGCUACUAUCAGCUCCCACUCGUCCUCGCGGAGGGCCGAGCUUCAAGGAAAAUGUUUGGACCAGUGUCCCCGCCCGCCGUGGACCCAUGUCGGCUGGGACCUAUGGGCCCCCGACUGGCCCGCGCAGUGGCCAUAUGCCAGGGCCGGGUGUGGAUACUCAUCGUCACCCUACUUACCGCCAAGGAAGUGUUACGGGAGCCCCCUAUCCUCGUACCCCGAGGUACAUGAAUCAUCUUACGGGCCUUUGUUCGAUUAUAUCAGGGGGGAGAUGCUUCCCAUCUGACCUAGAUGCCCUCACGGAAAAGCGCCUUUGGCAAUUAGACGCAGACAGGGAUCGGCUUAUGGAGCAGACUGCAGACACUCAGAAAUCAAAACGCACUGGAAUGCGGGACUGGGACAGACUAGAUAGAGAUAGCUCCAUUUGCGCUUUGAAAAGUGAACUCGCAGAGGGACACCUGCAGCGGAUUGCGGAUGGUGAAAGCGCACAUGUUAGCGCGAUCUUCUGAAAGUACAGAAUACAAUGCUGGGAAUCAUUGCCACUUGAGAAUGAGAACUGCUCAAAAUUCUAAAGCCAUGUGGAUUUCUGCCUUUCGUUCUCUUAUUGG